CUUUGUCGACACAUAUCUUUUUUUAUACGAAAUUCAUUCGACAUUUUUAACCAAAGAUCGUUUACACAAUGUCUUGAAAAGUAAACAAGCUGCGCGUUAUCGGGAAGUUUCUUUUGAUGGUCGUCGGACGACCUGAUAAUGUCAGAGUACGAUCUUCAGUUCCAAGCGGACUUGGAGAAGGCGCAGGCUCUCAGUUUGGAAAGCCUAGCGCUCGAGCAAUUUCGGAGAAAGAAGCAACUGAGCGUAGGUGAAAACUAUAAUGUCAACGCCAGCGUCAGUGCCCGUCGGCGCGAGGAGUCAGAAGGUCCUCCGCCCGCGCUCCCGCCGCCCCCGCGCCGCCCGUCCCGAGGGCGAACCAGCACGGACACUUCCAAAUCCACAAGCACAAGUCCAAGUAGGAACGAAAGCAGCGACCUCAUAUCAUUUGCGAGUCCGACGAGCAAGUCGGCUCCCAAGGACCCACACGCAUCUCUCAAGGAGUACAUCGAACAGUUUAACAACGUUACCCAGCAGACGCAAGAACUAGCUCUAACCACAACAAAUCAGCCAGCAACCAUGAACAACCAUUACUACAACCAGCGCCCAGGCUUCCCCCCAUACCCUUACAACCAACCCCCAUACAACCAAUACUCAUUCCAGUCACCCCCAUACCCGAGCACCCCCUACGGCAUGCCGACACCCAUGACCCCACCCCACCCUUACUACCCUCCUGAAGCACCUUACACCGCUCCAAGGUUUCCGAACGUACCGUACAAUCAAACUAGAAUGUCGUCACCAGCUCCUUAUGUUGGAUACCCUCCAUCCCCUCACACGCCUAUAUACAACUAUAAUACAACUAAUAUGAUAUCUCGACCUACGCGGCCGACACCGAGCAUAUAUCCGCAGUUAAACCAAGUGCAUAGUUACCCGCCUAUACAAGACGGUACUGUUAAUACUACAACUGGUAGUGGUAUUAGUACUGAAGUGAAAGAGACAGUGGAUAGCAGCAAAGUGAGGAAAACGUCGGAAGUCAGCACUGGGUCGAACGAGUCCGCGGACACGGUGGGCAGCCUGCCGCAGUCUAACCUGAUCGACUUCGGCCGCCGCGGCCAAGGUAGCGUGCGCGUCAGUGUGCUCGAAGCCUUCGACCCGCUUCUAACUGAGCCCAGUAGCCCGGAAUAUGCAGUCGCUAGCGAAGGCUCCGGCAGCGUGUACGAAGAGUACGACCCUUUAGACUUUCUGUACGGCGAGACAGAGAUGCGAGAGACGCCUGUAUACGGGAAGAUCGAUAGAAGGAAAGAGAGCGCUAUAUUGCCGUCGCCUCCUCCUAAGAACAUACCUAGCGUGCCGGCCGUCGUUAAGAGGACAACUACUAACAAAUUGUACGACUGCAUAGUGAAAUGUAGAACGAGGAAUAGUGACAGCGAGCACAACGCGUUUUUAAAGAUGGUGUUGGAUGUAAGAAAAAGAUUCGUCUACUCCGACCACGCCACGAACCCCGGGCACGUGGCGGCGGCGCGCUCGGGAGGGAAGUACCCGCCCAACACCAGCAUCAAGAUUCUAGUCCACCACUACCAUUCCGAGGAACCGAUCACCUUCACAUCCGAUGUGGAGUCGACCGUAGAACAUGUGAUAUUGACCGUAGUUUGUUCACUCGAAGAUGCAAGGGAUGAUAUGUCUGAAUAUAUGUUAAGAGUAUGGGGUGCCAAAGAAUACCUAACGCCAGGCAGCUCGCUAAGCGAAUACGACUAUAUACGCGAGUGCGUUAGGCUAGAAAAGGACGUAAGAUUAUGCCUUCACGAAGGCAAGGAUCGGGCGUUGGCUAGGACAGAAAGAGACGACGCUAGAGACGCGCAUCUGUCUUUAGAUGAUUUGAUUCCUGUGCAAGGAGCGGCGCCGUUAUUGUCUUUUGACAAUUUGUCAAUUUUGCUCGAAACACUAGAGGGCGAGUUAUCUCGCGCAGUAGGCGUAGUAGGUGCAGAAGGCACUUGCUCUCCCAAAGCAGUCUUCCAAGCUGUUAAAGCCAUCUGUGCUUUGGCGGGAGGAGUAGAAACUCUACAUGUAACUCACACGCUUAACGCGUUCGCUCAAGCAGCUACGGGCGCAUCGGGCAACAGCAACCUGAUAACGCCAGAGAUCCAAGCGGACACGGGCCAGUACUGCGCCGUGUCGCUGCGCGCGGCGACGGCGCGCGAGGCCGUGCGGCACCAGUGCGGCCGCGUGCGCGGCGCCGUGCGCGCGCUCGUCGCGCUCUACACCAGGACGAGGCUGCUGGACUUCCAGCUGGCCGACUCGCACUUGACCCCGCAGGGCGCGUCUGACAAAGCGACGCCAGCGUACAAAAUGACAGAAACAACACUAUUCUGCAUAGAGGCAGUCCACCGCCUACCACCAAGUUGGAACCAUGAGGACUACAUUUUCCAUGCCCAGGUGCACUACGGCACACGACCGUUGAAGACGCUCCACCUUACGCAGACUUCUAAGAUAGACAGCGCUGGGUUCUAUCAGAGGAUCAUAUUUGAUACUUGGUUGAACCUAGAAGACGUCCCAAUAAGCCAGCUGCCACGCGAAGCCCGUCUCGUUCUAACACUAUACGGCCGCACUCGUCGCCCGGACGACGCGCACAACGAGGCCGACGGCGACCAGCAGAGCGGCGACAACGGGGACGUGCUCUACGACCAGGUGGAGCUGGGCUGGGCUAGUAUACAGCUGUUCGACUUUGACGGCAUGCUGGCGAGCGGCGCGUACGUGCUGCCGCUGUGGCCGGCCUGCUGCGACCGGCGCCUCGGGCCCGCGCCGCACCCCAUGGACGUGCCGCCCGAGCCCUUCCCCGUCCUCAACAUCGAAAUCCCAACGUACAUCCACCACGGCGUGCGCUGGACGGCCGGCGAGAUAGAAAAGUCCAUAACUGAACCGUUGCCAGCGUUCGACUCACUGGAUGGACACACACAAUCUCAGUUGCUACAUCUUAUUGAACAAGGCGCUUAUCAGAGAAUGCCCACCGACUGUAGAGAGGUCAUGUGGGAGAAACGCCAAUAUCUCGUGGAGUUAGCAGGCGCCCUGCCACUCGUGUUACUAGCAGCCACGAACUGGUACGGCGAGCAUCGGGCGCAGCUCGUCAACCUGCUGCGGCGGUGGGAGAAGCCGUCGCCGCUCAACGCCAUGCACCUGCUGCUGCCCUGUUUCCCCGACUCGGAGGUGCGAGAAACGGCCACAAGCCUCAUCAACGCGAUGUCAGACGAUGACCUCUGCCGCGUACUCCCACAGUUGACUCAAGCACUACGUCAUGAGACCUACCUGACCAGUCCUCUAGCAGAACUAUUGUUGUCAAGAGCUUUAGCGGCCCCAGCGGUAGCUCACAGAUUAUUCUGGCUCCUGGUCCAUUCACUGCCAAAUGUUCCACAGGCACCAAGUCAAGAGUUCCUAGGUAUCACUCUAGAAGACAACGCGACCGAGCCGCAGGAAGCCGUCGAAUGCGUGACUGCAACAUGGAGAUAUCGACUUAUGUUAAGGGCUCUACUAGCGGUGUGUGGUGAACAACUCACACGAACUCUAGUCAGACAACAGUUGCUAGUGAAGACGUUAUCCGAAGUGGCGUUAUCAGUGAAAGCCGCCAAGGACGGCGGUCGCGCUCGCGCCCUCAGCGCCGGCGGCGAGAAGCUUGCCGCGCUACUGCGCGCCGAACCUGCUGCUCUACCGCUAGCUCUACACCAAUACGUCCACGAUGUUGAUGUCAAGUCGUGUAUGUACUUCAAUUCGAAUACUCUUCCUCUCAAAAUUAACUUCAUCGGGUGUGACAACGCAGUGGUGCCUGCCAUGUUUAAGAUCGGCGAUGACUUGAGACAGGACGCCCUCGUGCUUCAAGUGAUGAAAGUAAUGGAUAGCUUGUGGCUUAAAGCCAAUUUGGAUCUCCGGAUGGUGACUUUCCAGACGCUUCCCACUAGUGAUAGGAGAGGCAUGAUAGAAAUAGUAGCAGAGGCGGAAACUCUCCGAGCGAUCCAGACGGAGUGGGGCCUCACGGGCUCGUUCAAGGACAAACCCAUCGCCGAGUGGCUCGCCAAGCACAACCCCUCCGAGCUCGAGUACCAGCGGGCCAGGGACAACUUUACCGCGUCGUGCGCCGGCUACAGCGUAGCGACAUAUCUCCUGGGAAUAUGCGACCGUCACAACGAUAACAUCAUGUUGAAGACAUCGGGCCAUCUGUUCCAUAUAGACUUUGGCAAGUUUUUGGGCGAUGCGCAGAUGUUUGGCAAUUUUAAGAGGGAUCGCGCACCGUUCGUCCUAACAAACGACAUGGUGUACGUCAUCAACGGGGGCGACCGUCCCACGCAGCGGUUCCAGCAUUUCGUCGAACAAUGCUGCAUGGCGUUCAACGUGAUCAGGCAGCAUCAUGACCAUAUAUUAGAUCUGUUCGCUUUGAUGGCGGCGUCCGGCGUGCCCGGGGUGACGUCGACGGCGGUGAGCUACGUGCGCGCGGCGCUCCUGCCCGACGCCAGCAACGCCGAGGCCGCCGCCGCCUUCGCGCGCCUCAUACACUCCUCGCUCAAGAGCAGGUUUACGCCCAUAAACUUCUUCCUGCACAACCUGGCGCAGUUCCGGGCGAGCGGCGAUACAAGCAACAGCUCCUCAGAACUGUUGUCCUUCAUGCCGAGGACUUAUACGAUGGCGCAAGAAGGCCGCCUAGUCAGCGUCGAGUGUCUCGGCUUCGAGAAACGCUACGACCCUGAAAAGCACUACGUGUACGCGCUACGGAUCUACAGACAGGGCCAAGCCACGCCGUCCGUACUAUACCGGUCUUAUAAGCACUUCACCGAGCUGUAUCAGAAGAUUUGUCUGCACUUCCCGUUGGCUAAAGUUCAUAGCUUGCCUUCGGGUCUCCACGUAGGCCGCUCAAACAUACGCCAAGUAGCCGAGCGGCGUUUCGGCGACGUGCAAGCGUUCCUAACCUCGCUCUUCAGUCUCGCGGAUGAAAUCGCUCACUCUGACCUGGUGUACACAUUCUUCCAUCCAUUGUUAAGAGACCAGCAGGAUGUGGAACCACAGCGGAUGAAGCAUAGAGGAGAAUCCGUGGAAGCCGAAAACACGGGGUCCGGGUCGCUGAAGCUGUCGGUGCAGUACGCGGGCGGCGUGCUGGCGGUGCUCAUCCUGCACGCGCAGUCGCUCGCCGCCACGGCGCAGGGCAUCCCGCCCAACCCCUAUGUCAAGGUGUACCUAGUACCGGACCCAACCAAAGAAACGAAGCGGAAAACGCGCGUCCUCAAACGCAACUCGCACCCCUCCUUCAUGGAGAUGCUGGAGUACCGCCUGCCCAUCGACGUCGUGCAGCACCGCUGUCUGCAGGCCACCGUGUGGCACUACGACUCAUUGCAGGAGAACACGUUCCUGGGCGGCGUGAUGAUCCCGCUCAACAGCCUCCCGCUGCGCCAGGAGACCGUGGCGUGGUACCCGCUCGAGUACAUCCCCAGGUAGCCGCUGCGGACCGCUACAUGCCACUGUUUACUUACCGACGUACGGAUUGCAUAACAACUACAUCAUUUUACUGUGCGCUGUUUAAGCACUGCGCCGUACAGGCGUAGCGAAGCAUCGUGUACAAACAUGAACGGUCAGUGGUAUUAAGCACCGUUUUAUUAUUAUAUAGGUACCACAUCGUGGAGAAACACACAAUAUUUCUACUGCGGACCGUAGAAAAACGUGGAAGUUUUACUGUGUAGUAAAUAUCUGUGGCCAAUAUAAGUACUGCGCCGUAUAGGCCCAGCGACGCGUCGGGAACAAACAUGAACAGUCAACGGUUAAAUAACUAUUUCUUAUGUAUUAGACUAUGGAGAAAGCGACAAUAACACGUCGUGUUACUAACUUUUCGUCAAUUAAAGUCGACGAUCGAGCAAAUAAGACUUGAAUGUUAAAUUUUAGAUAUCUCUUUGAACUGUCAAACACAAAAGCUGUCACUCGGACGCCACGUCACCGAAGGGUCAAAACUGAAAUUGAACUUUAUGCAUAUGAUCGUAGGUCUAUGUUGCUCUGUGGUCUGUGACGGAUUAAUCCGUCAUUGGUGUUGGACCUGCGGUUCGGAUAUAUCCGUCGUUGGCGUCGAAUAGGUUAAAGAUUGCCACCUUGACUACGCCAGCAUGUAUAAAUAUCUAUUGCAUUUUGGAGAGAGGCUGCAUACAUCAAUACAAAACUGGUAUGGUUGAGUUAACACUCGCUGCACGCAAGUAUGUAGUGUGCUCUCUGUCACACCUACCUGCGACGGGCAGCGUCCCGUCUCUUUUUUUACUUGCUUCGCUUGCAGCGAGUUUUUAACUAAACUAUAGUGACCUAUUGAUAUCAGAUUUUUUUUUUUUUCACUUGUACGUGUGUGUGUGUAAUUUCAUUUAUUAUUAGUUCCAUUCGCCUCUCUCUAUAUGCUGCAAAACCUAUGAACGUGUCAAAUAAAAGGAAAAAAUAUGCCAAAUUAAAUAAUGUACCGAAAUGGCAAUAAAUAUAAAACGUCGAAUCGAAAUUGUAAAUUCAAAGGGUACUUUAAUUUUCGUUGACCGCAAGUCGAAAUAACAGCUAACCUGAUAACUUGUAGCGUAAAAUGGUCCUACUUUGUUCCCCUGUGGGUGAUUAUGCUUCAAGUCUAACGGAUAUUUCAACGUUUAAUAUAUCCAAAUAUUAUAUUUCUGUUAUAUGCUCAAGUAAACGAAAAUUAUGGUUAUAAAAAUAUUCGUAAUUAUAUCAAGGGGCUACCAGGCCAAAUUAGCUGUGUUUACUUCACUAUAGCAUGCUUGAACGUUGCAUAAACAAUCAAGUUAUGUACACAAUAUUUUACCUUGGUAAUUGUUCUUUAAUUAUGUCUACUGAUACUUCAUAAAAUAUACCGUAUCACAAGUAAAUAAUUUUUCCGUGAACUCUUUUCUCGAGUUAAAAUCCGUACCUAUAAACUCCCUUAUCAUGCAACGCUUAGACACAAAACUGUAAUCAAUAGUGAAUAAUGAUGUUCACUUCAGUUACGUCUGCCGAUUUUUCAAAUAUAUAAAUAGUUUUGGAGAAAUCGAUACGAUACUAUUCAAGUUCGUGCGACCCGGGCAAGCGUCGCUUGGCCGUCGGACGGGAACCUCUGGCACUCGACGCGACAAGCGCGCAAUUAUUCUCUGUGAAUUAAUCUUACGAUUUUGACUUUUGAGAGUUUUGAGUGAUAGGACCCUGUUCAUUUAAGUUUUAAGUGAGUGAGUGAGUGUUAAGAGAACGAACGGACGCAAUAAUUUGCUAGCUUGUGCAAAUUCAAGUUGUAAAGGUGAAGAACGAGGAAGGGGGGUCGAGGGAGUUGGAACGCACGAGGUCAUUCAGAUAGGGGACGGCUUUAUUUUGGACCAAAGUAGGACCAUUUUGCGAUAUAUUUCUAUAUUUUCUCUUACCUGUGUUCUGUCUGGCUGUAGGCAGUUCUGUUCUUAUGACAUAGUUAGUGGUUGAAAAAUAGUCUAUCGUUAACGUAGACUUAGUAUUACUUUGCGAGAAUAAUAUUGCUCAUAAAACUUGGCAGCUUUAAUAAAAAAUCUAUUUGAUAAAUCAAUAAAAUGCAUAUCUAAUAGCUUAGUUUGAAGCCGGUCUUGUAUAUAUUGUUCUAAUUGGAAAGACUAGCUAGAUUUAUCUAGCGCAACUAAAGUAAGGACGCUAAGCAGCAAGAAUUUCGUACAUCAACCCGCCUCUAUCUCUGUCGCACGCGAUUAAUUAUAUUACUGCCCCGACCAUGAUGCCGGCACUUAAUGCUGUUGUGCGAGCGGGACAACAUAAUAACGCGCGUGCGGCCGAGAUAAAAAAUAACGCGUCGAUGUACGGAAUUCUACCGUGCUUAGCGUCCUUACUUACUGAUUGAAGUCAAAUUUUCUAUACAUAGGCUCUGGACGAUGACAUAUCUCUGCCGUGUUUUUUUUAAUGCGAAAACGAUAAAAUCUGGAAACGCAUGAAUUAGACAAUCGUCAAUCAAAUCUUGAAAAAUGUAUGAUCACGUGAAUCGUUUGCAUCUGUUUUCUAGAUAUAUUGUUAAUUUUCUUUUGCCGUUUCUCGGUGAACGGUUAUCAUUUGGUUACGGCCUUUGGUAUAUUAUUCUAAAGCCCGACCAGAAAUAUAUGAUCAUUGCCAAGAGGGCGCUUUUAUUCUCAUGUAUAGGUUGACAGUUCAAUUUAAAAUUUAGUUCCAGUAAAAUUCCGCAAUAUGGCUCGUGAUCAUAUAUUACUGGUCAGGUUUUAUUAUUUACAUGGAAAUUAUGGUUAGUUCCCGAUUCACCGGAUUUAUUUUAGUACAUCGCAAUCCGAAUAUACGAGAUACGGACGAAACAAGAAUCCGGCGAAUCGGGAUCUAACCGAAAUUAUAGAAUAAAAAUGUAAUUAUAUGUAUUAAAAUGUAUGACUGUUUGAGUUUUCGCGUUAUUAAUCCAAAUUAGUGUAAGGCCUGAGUGGACGCUCGAGUUGGGCGUGCAGCGGGGCGGGGCGUGCGGCGUGCAUGGUAAACAAAUGCAAACGUAUAGGAGCGGCCGCACUGCACGCCGCUCAAAUCACUUGUGAGCCCGACGCCACGCUGCACGCCCCGCCGAACGCUCCGCUUCGAGAGUCUACUCAGGCCUUACACUUAGUUUAUGCAGCACAGCGUUUUCUCAGUGUUACUGCUAUUAUUUAAAAAAAAUCCUUUAAAUAAUCAGGUAAUAAUAUCAUGUGCCUGCCGGUGAGUAAGCAUAAGUAACAUUAUAUAAUGUGUAGAUCAUCAUAAAAAACAAAGGAUUAGAUAACUAAAGAAAGGGCGCUUAACACGAAGAAUUUCGUUCAUUGACCCCGCCUGUUUCUGUCUAUCGCACGCGUAUAAUUUUGCUGUUCCGCUCGCACAGUGUCAGUGACCGCCGGCAUUAUUGGCGGAGGAGCAGGCGGGGUCAACGUACGAAAUUGUUCAUACUUAACGUCCGUACUUUAAUAGUUGCGAUUUUUUUGUCCAUUGUAAAUAAAACGAGAUUAUCUUGAUAUAAGCCGUGAUUUUUGUCGUUUACGAUUUUAGGGCAUAUCAAUUUGUACGCUUUCUACUUUUUUACAUUUAUAUAACUGUGUACCUACUAAUCUAAUUAUUUGAACGAAGUUCCUUAUCGGACUGUACGGACUUGGCGUGAGGAAAGUCGCACUACUGCUGAAGUGAAAAAUUAUUUCCACCUUGGGCGUAACACUUGAAUUCCGUCAAGAGUUUCCGUCAGGACCCUUUCUUAACUUCAUUCCAAUCGAGUGUUCCAUGACAUUCACGCAUUUUUUAGUAAAUUUCAUUAAAACCCAAGGCCUUUAUAAAUUGCAUAUAAAAAGGAGUACUCGGAUGAUUUCGAAUCAUUCCCGAAGUCGGAUAAUUUCGAGAAUGGGCUCUGAUACUCGUAGAAGGAGUGAUUUUUGAAUUACCGAUAUCUCAAGGUGAUUAUUAUCCAAAUACAUUUUUCUAGGUAUAUGCAUCCAUUAUAAUUAAAUUUAAAUUAUGUUCAUUUGUGUCUCUCCUUCAGAGAAGCUUAUGCUUCGUUAUGAUUAUGUUCUGUGUAUUUUUAACUGUAUGGUACAAUUAAUAAUAUUUUACUUACUCCAUGUGCAUAUUAUAAGGACCCAUCUCUGUUGGAAAGCCACAUUUCUAAAAACUCUGCCGCUCAGUACAUUUGAGUUUACAUUCCACCCAUUUAAUCUAAUUUAAACGUGUUUGUAAUGUGUUAUUGGGUAUUAAAAACCGAACAAAAAUGGUUUUUUGCUUAUUCGUAGAUUUAAUUGUUAACGUUAUUUUGCUUUUACUAAACAGGCCUAUAACUAUUGUGAACAAUGAAUUGUACAUCUUUUAUAUAAACAUGAAACUUAGCCAAUAUAUUAUAAGUGGCAAAUCGUGAUGAAAAUCCAAUUAAUUUGUGAAUUUAUUGUUGUAUUGAUAUGAUGAAAUUUUUAUUGAGAUCUGAAGGUUGUGGGCGAAUAUGUUAUUACUUAACAACUUUAGAGGCAUGACCACACCGGCUGCGCGUGCGUUAACGUGCACGUCGUGUGCGUGUGCUAAAAUGUCGAAGCUGUGCAUGCACACGUCGCGCAAGAUGUGUGCCGUCUCUCAUAAAGAUCUGUAUAUUACAACGCGCACGCAUCCGGUGUGACCAGGCAUUUAAAGUUCUGUUAUAAAUGUAAACAAUUUGUUUUUGACACACGAUGAAUCAAUUGUUUUAUCAUGCACUGUAUUUUUAGUUAAUAUCAAAGUUAAUUUGAAAUAGAGGUUUAUUGUCAAAGAAAAUUUUAAAGCGACGUAAAUUUACUGCUAUCUUUCGACAAAUAAUUAAAAUUUUUAGAACGUCAUUUGACUUUGAUCCUUAUUCUUUCACUGAUAUGUGUUCAAUUUGUCAAAUAUCAAAAAGUGGCGCCAUCAUACCGGGCACUACCUAAAAGAAACUACGCUACGUUACAAAGUUUUCUUUGACAAUAAACUACUAUUUUAAAUUCUAUUUGGUUAAUAUUUUAGCACAAAAUGCGUUGUCAUUCUCAAGCAAAAUGCACUUAUGAGAUGCAAUUUAAAAGCAAUCUGAAGAUUUGUUUCGAAAAAAGUGUUUUUUUUUUUGCUGGAGAAUUUCGCAAAUAAUGUAACGAAAGUGAUAAUCACAUUUUCUGUACAAUAUUAUAAUAAUUAAACGACUUAAGGUAUAUUUUGGUGUGGACGUCUGCAUCUUAUUAUGAAUUAUGACUGAGUUUAUUUUUACGUCAGUUAAAGUACGAAUAGGAAUUAUUUUUAGAUGUACUAUUUAUUGGAAUAAAGCUAUUUCAAAUGCUGUUGCAUAAUGUGGAUAUUAAUUGUGUAUUUUCAGAGUAAUCGAUAAUUUUUUGGCGUUUUGUGAUGUAUUUACUUCAGUUUUGUAAGGUUUUAUGUUAUAUUAGGUUUUAGGUUUUAUAAUGUAAAAUUAAAAUGUUCUAUGAAGUUCUCAGACCGACUCAUAAUCUUUCCAAACACAUUUUAUAUUAUGAUUGAUUGUUUUUCAUUACAAAAAUGUCCUUUUCAUGAAAAUCUUCUUAAAUCUUCUUUUUUUUAAAAGACACAGCAUGUACCUACGUAUGUCUAUACAAAAAUUAAAUUCAAUAGUCAAAAUUAUUGUUUACAAAAUUGUAAAAUCAAUAAACCGUAUUUGUUAGAAACAAA